AUGGACUUAAACACAUUGGUAUCAAGAUUGCACGAGAUCAACGCUGUGAAACUUGGUCAGUUCAAGCUGAAGAGUGGCAUUAUGUCACCAAUCUAUAUCGACUUGCGUGUCACUGUGAGCUCGCCAGCAUUGUUGGCACAGAUCGCAGAGAUGAUGUACCAGAAGGUGUCGUCAAGCGCCGCCAUCCCACCUUUGGUGUGCGGCGUGCCCUACACCGCCCUGCCAAUCGCCACGGCAAUGUCCAUCGCCCACGACAUCCCAAUGGUCAUGCGUCGCAAGGAAGCCAAGGCCUACGGCACCAAGCAGUUGAUCGAGGGUCGCUUCAAGGAGGGCGACAACGUCCUCGUCAUUGAGGAUCUGGUCACAAGUGGUGCUUCCGUGCUCGAGACUGUGCGCGACCUCAACGCCAACGGCCUCGUCGUCACCGAUGUCGUCGUGCUGCUCGACCGCCAGCAAGGCGCUCGCCAGGAGCUCGCCAAGCACGGCCUGCGUCUGCACAGCGUCGUCACAAUGGAGGAGCUUAUCUCAACCCUGACUGCCCAGGGCAAGCUUGACGGCCCAACCCUCGAGCUGGUCAGCGCCUUCCUCGAGGCCAACCGCAACGUCACCGUGCCAGUCGCCUCGCAGAUCCCAGUCGCUCGCAAGCACAUCGCCUAUGAGGAGCGCGCCAAGCUGGCCACCAACCCAACCGCCGCCAAGCUCUUCAACAUCAUGGCCGCCAAGAAGACCAACCUUGCCGUCGCCGUCGAUCUCACCACAAAACAGGAGGUCCUCUCGCUGGCCGACAGCAUUGGCUCAGAGAUCUGUGCCCUCAAGACUCACGUUGACAUCAUCGACGACUUUGAUCAAGACUUUGUCAACCAGCUCCAACUCAUUGCCACCAAGCAUAACUUCCUCAUCUUUGAGGAUAGAAAGUUCGCUGACAUUGGUAACACUGUCAAGUAUCAGUUCGAGAGUGGUGUCUAUCACAUCUCCAAGUGGGCCAACAUGGUCACCAUCCACGGUGUUGCUGGUCCAGCCAUCAUUGAUGGAUUCAAGGAUUCAAUCAAGCAGACUGGUGCUGGUCUGUUGCUCCUUGCCCAGAUGUCCUCAAAGGGAUCACUGUGCGUUGGAGAGUACACUAAUCAGAUGGUCGAGAUGGCCAAGCAGAACGCUGAUGCCGUCAUGGGAUUCAUCUGCCAGGAGCGUUUGGAGUCGAUGACCGACUCGUUCGUCCUGAUGACCCCAGGCGUGCAAUUCAACUCCAAGGGCGACAGCAUGGGACAGCAAUACAACACCCCAGACUACAUCAUCAAGGAGAAGGGUACCGAUGUCAUCAUUGUCGGCAGAGGCAUCUACCAGAACUCCCAACCAAAGGUUGAGGCCAUCAAGUACAAGGAGGCCGCCUGGGAGGCCUACCAGAGCAGGUUGUCCAAGCAAUAA